AUGUUUUUUACUCUCUGGACCUUUGGGGGGCCCCCAGUUGCUCUCACCUCUACGACUGUCUCUCCUUCUGCAGCUGUCCCUGGGGGGCCCCCCGUAAGGGGAGAUGCUGAGGAUACACCUCAGGGUUCUUAUGCUGUUUUCGCUGAUGCAGAUGGAGACCUUGAACCCCCUAGAUGCCGAGGCCUCCCAAGGGGCCCCUCGCGCGUUGGGGGGCCCCCUGGGGCCCCUGGGGCCUCCCAGAGGGCCCCUGAAGAGGAGAGCUCUAAUGGGGGCCCCUCAAGAGUAGUAAUGUCCUCUACGCUGGUUUUGAGUAAAGAGGAGUUAACGAAACAGCUACGAAGAGGAGCUCUGGAUUACUUUUUUAUUGUGCAGCAACAGCCUAAAGAUAUCAAAAGGGUAGGGAAGGGCCUCUGGCCUGCUGCUAUCACUUUGGGGGACUACCUUCUUAAUAAUACACAACUCUUUAGGGGCCCCCCUAAUUGCUGCAGCAGGGGGCCUCCUAGUACAUGCAUCAGGGGGCCCCCACAUGAAGGCAAUCCUCUCGCUACACCAGAGGCCCCUACUGGUUCAGUGGGGGGCCCCUUGGGGGCCCCUGAAGAGGUCUCCUCUGGGGCCCCACAGGGGGGCCCCCAGGGGAGCCCCCCUCAAGCACCAACGGGGGCCCCAAUAGAAGACCCUUGCAGAAAGCGAAGGGUUUUUAGGGUCCUCGAAUUAGGCAGUGGCGUUGGCCUCAUGGGGCCCCUCUUACGUCGGCUGCUGAUCCGGGAAGCAUUAAGAACGGCCCCCAUGGGGGCCCCUGGGGGGCCCUCUGUGGGGGCCCCUGGGGGGCCCUCUGUGGGGGCCCCUGGGGGGCCCCCUAAUGGUCUCCCUGGAGGACUCCCUGGGGGGGCCCCUGGGGGCCCCUGUAGGGGGACCCCUGUGGGGGCCCCUAAGGGGUCUUCUGUGGGGGCCCCUGGUGAGGCCGCUGAGGGGGCCCCUCGGGGGGGCCCCUCAGAUUCUUUGUUAGAUUUGUGUGUGGAGGUAUAUUUGACUGAUUUGAAUGAAGAUGCCCUGGAGAUAUGCGAGAAGACCCAACAGGUGGAUCAGGAGCUGCUGGGGGCCCUCUUAAAGAACUUCUUUGGGGGCCUCACCCCCCAGAAUGCUUGUGGGGGCCCCUGCGGCCAUAAAGAAGUAGUAGAGGAAGCAUGCAGUAACGAGAGGGGCCCCUCAGGGGGCCCCUGGGGCCCCUACGUGAAGGUCUAUGUGAGGAGACUCGACUGGGAGACGGGGGGCCCCUGGGGGCCCCUCUCGUCAGUGCGCUAUGAUGAGGGUACUGAGGGGCCCCCUAACUCGGGGGGGCCCCUUCCUCGGGGUCCCCCUGAGGGCAUGGGGCCCCCGGAGGCCCCUAUUGGAGACCGUUUUGAUUGGAGAGAAGAAGAAAAGGAGACACUAAAACAAAGAGGGGCCCUUGACCUCAUUAUUGCAUCCGAUGUUAUAUAUGGCUUUCACUCUAACAGCUACUUAGCUGCGCUGCUGCAGAGGUUGCUGGUGCUGAAUCCUUCCUGCUGCUGCCUGCUCGCACACUGCAGGAGGCUGGGGAUCGUCUGCCCCACUUCAUCGAUCCCCGUCGACGUCUUUGCCGAAGAUUUCUGGGAUCGCUUCUGCACGCUCGACCCCACACUCGAUCCCACGCUCGAUCCCGAUCCCGCACACGAUCCCACAGUCGAUCCCACAGAAGAUGGACCCCCCUUCCAGCUGUACGCACACCCGAAGCCGCCGGAAGCUCUGACAUUCGCUGGGAUCGUCGAUCCCACAGAGCUGAGCUCAGCCUUUUCUGCUCUCACAGGAGGAGUGGGGCCAGCCGGGAAGCAAGCACCUCUAAAGGAUGACGAGAUGUUGCAGCAGACCACAGAAGGAGCUGUUCCUGCUGCAGCAGUUGCUGCUGCAGUUGCUGCAACUCCUGCUGUUGCUGCAGAAGCAGCAGCAGCAGCUGCUGCUGCUGCAGAAGAAGGGGCCCCGUUUAUGCUGCGACCCUGGGAGACGCAGAAGGAGGCAGCAACCCAGGGGGAGGUGUGGGAGCUGCGUCUGAGGCGAUCUGUUCUUCAUAAUUUGAGGAAGAAGAUAAAUAAAUAG